AUGUUCGGCACCCUGGUUCUGCUGCAAAUAUCCCCCCUGUUCCUGACGGUUUUCAAAACUUGCGUUCGAGCCCAAGCUCCACCUGAUUGCCCUUAUGAUACGACAUUUGACUUUGAGAGUGCGGCACAGUUGAGAUGCUUUCAGACUAUUGUCUCGCCGGCGGCUGGAACGAUAACCCUUUCUAACCAUAAAAAGACUGUCAAAUAUGGAUCAUCAUCUCUGAAAUGGGAAACCACUGGUGCAUCAAAGUUGCAGUUGAAAUCGCCAACGUUUACCAUUCCUAACAGUUGUCAGGGAGAUGGUGGCGUCAAAGUCUGGAUCUACAAAGAAGCGAUGUCAGGAAAAACACUGCAAGUGGAAUUCAAAUAUUCUUCGACCACUGUUGGAAGUUUCAUCGCAAAUGACUUUAAAGGAUGGCGUGGGAUUUGGGUCGAAUUUAAAGAAUGCAGGGCAGCGGACAAUAGCUUAGAUAGCCCAACUGUUAUCGAUGAGGUCAACUUUAUGGGAAACGGAGCUCAAACCGCUUUUAUAGACAAGCUGGAGUUUAAGUGUAAUAUUAGAAAGCAAUCACGGGACAAAGUUGUUCCCCCAAUAAGUCCAUUUGGUUUGAAUUGCUACGACAAAAGCGACUUUUGGCAACAGACGUAUCGGUGGAGUCAGCAGGAAAUCCCAGCGUCACCAAGUACUAUUGACGUAGAAAAAAGAAACCAUUUGGAUCAUAUCAAAAACCGCCUAAAGAACUGGUAUUCGGAUGAGACUGUAACGUCACCUAACUACCCCAGUGGAAGCGCUCUGGAAGAACGAUGGAAGACCCUAAAGAAAAGUUUCAAUAGAGCACAUGAUAAAUACGAUGAUUUAACCUUUGAUCCGGUAACUAAACAGAUUGUAGGACCUCCUUUGUUUUGCAGAAAUUGUGAACCCAAUGUUAAAUUUGGAGAUAUCAUGAUUAAAAUUCUCCUACCACUAACACUAGAAUACCAUCUAAGCUCGCGUACAAACGAAAUAACAGCAGUUGCCACAGAACAGCGGUCAAAUAUAAACAAUGCUGCAAUAGAAACCCUUAACCGUCAUCGGCUGAGUAGGAUAAACAACCUUCUUGAUUUCGCAAGGGAUCAAGGAUUUACAGAUGGCAGUGGCUUGGGAUCCCUGGACCAUGAAAUGAACCUGGAUGGUGCUGGGUUCAUGCACUCUCUGUUUCUCCUUAGUGACUCUAUGUGUAAUCCUCUCAACCAAAGCAGAUUACGGGAUUUGAUAGCGUCAGCAAAAUGGUACAACGACUUUGGAGAGAUCUAUCAAACGCCAUCUUUUGAAUUAAAAGGAACGACUGCUGACCGUAUGAUCACGCUAAUGCUGUAUAGACUUAUUAUUGUACUUGUGAUGCCGACUAAUACUGAUGAUGAAAUCAAAGCUAAAAUCCGUGACAUGGAUGCCUUGAGUCGGUGGCAGAAUAACACGUUGUCUAUCAAUGAAGGUCUUGGAGGACUAAUAAAACCAGACUACUUGGUGUAUCACCAUAAAUCGUUCUACGGAUCAGCCUACGGUCCACCAGCCCUUCAUAACGCAGCUCUAGUUCAAUAUCUUCAGGGAGGAACUAAGUAUGCCUUAUCUUCGACAAGCGUGAACCAUAUCCAAGGAGGACUAGAAGCACUACGACUCAUGGCAGUCAAGUACUCCACUCCACCCAGUGUAAGCGGACGUUACCCAGAAUACUCGAACAAGGUUCUCGUGAAGAAUCUUCCUGCCUAUGCAUACAUCAGUGUAUCUUAUCCGUCUACUUUACCGACCUCAGUGCCAACAGGUAUAAGUGUAAGCAGUUUGAAUAAUCCAGAAUGGUUCCUGCGGUUAUACAAUGACUCAACUGUCAACAGUUAUCUAGAGGAUGGAGCGCCAAACAAAAAAAAGUACUAUUUCAACAGUCUGGGAUCUUUGCAGAUAAUGGAAGCAGUUAAAUCCUCUGCCGUAUUACAAGGCAAAUCGCAAGAGCAGUACCUUGAAGGUCAUUGGUCCAAGAACUUCGCCGCUCUUUCUAUACAUCGACGUAAGACUUGGGCAGUGACUGUAAAAGGUUUCAAUAACUUUGUCUGGGACUACGAAACUUCAGCGGACGAAAAUGUGCUCGGGUUAUUUGCCAGUCAUGGUGCCGUCCUUAUCGCAAAUGAUGAAACAUCCCUUCAGUGUCAUGAUAUUGAAAACGGAUGGGAUUGGUCUAAAAUUCCUGGUACUACUACUAUCGCCUUAGGAAAUCCGAACAUAGAUGACUUAAAUAUUGGUAGAACCGGGAGAUUUUACAAUAAACGCAAAUUUUCAGGAGGACUCACUUUUAAGGGGACAAUGACCUCGAAGAGCGGACUGUUUGGCAUGAACUUUGAGCAACCGGAAUACGAUGUAUCAGGAUGGCGUGGGAGCAUUACGUUUAGAUUCAAAAAGUCAGUUUUCAUGUUUGAAAACCUUUUAGUUGGCUUGGGAAGUAACAUUGUACUUCAAAAUAAUAACAGGAAAAUUGCUCAAACAACAUUAUUUCAAGACAAACUGUCAUCUUCGUCUUUUAUCAAAGUUGAUGGAACAGAAAAGGUCGCAUCGACUGAUUACAGCCACAAUCCGUCGUCAUCCUCAAGCACUACACUUACAGACGCAAAAGGAAACCUGUAUUACAUACCCAUGAACAGUAGUCCCAUGUUAAAGGUCACCGUCGCAACGCAGACAUCCAAAAAAGAGGAUGGAGAAACGAGCACAUCUGGAAGAUAUGGUACGGCGUGGUUUGAACAUAGCUCGGCAAACCCUAGCUACGAGUACGCUGUCUUGAUACCGACUGCAUCGUAUCAUGCUCAGCUGAGUGACUUGAAAACGGCCCAGGACACUGAGAAUAACGAGGUCUACAAAGUCUUGAGGAAGAAUGCUCGUGCACACGUUGUUCAAUUUCUCAAAUCACCCAAGUCUUGGUCAACCCUUAGUCAUCCUGUUACAGGUUACGUCAUGUUUAGAGGUGAGAGUGCUUUGCCAGAUGAUGGGCCAAUAACGGCAGUGACCUCUGGAGAUUGUCUUCUAAUGGCGGAAGAAACAACGCAAUUCAUCCAUCUCGCGAUAACCUAUCCCGACUUAGCCUUGAGUGGUGCAGGUUCUCUAACAAAUUCAAAAGACGUGGGAGAACGUUUGCUGUACACCUCUGCAAGUACAGAAAAGAGUAUAUCAGAAACUCUUAGGAAUCCCGUACAGACGACUAUUGCCGAAACACAAGUCCAUGGAACACCUGAAAAUUACACACCUAAUGUGGAAAUUAGUGGCCAAACCAUCCGUUUUAGAAAUCUGAAAAAUGGGUUCACUGUCGAAGUGAAAUUGACGAGGAUAACAUCAUAA